AUGAUGAGAAAUCCUACCAUUCUGACCCCGCUCCUCUCUCAAGCUCCGAACAGCGAUUUUUGCCCACAUACCACGUUGAAUGGAGAAAAUGGAAGGACUCCAAUACUGGAGCGACCGCCACAUCAGUCUCGAGUACCGUCCUAUGUACCUGAAUAUGACUCUAUUGCUACCAAGGAUAAUUCCAGUGCCACAUUUAAGGCAGACCGUUAUCGCCAAUCCAAGGGCUCAUGGAUUUUGCGUUUAGUCGGCCUGAUAGGGCCAAUGACUUCGAUGAAGAAAUUUGUUGGCUCCAAGCAUAUGGAUAAGCCAUUCCCGUUCGAUCAGCUCACAUCCACCGACUGGGUACAUGAUAGCAUUGUUGAUGCUGGUAGGAUAAAAGAGCUGAAAAGUGGGAAAGGCAUAGAGAGCCAUCUCCAAAUCAUCUUUGACAAGUCACAAGCUUGGAUACUUUGUGCAGUUGUCGGGAUUCUUACCGCAUUCAUCUCAGUCGGUGUAAACUUAUUCGAAGCUCCCAUGUUCGACUGGAAAUUCGGCGUUUGUGCCAAUGGAUAUCUUUUCAGCGAAAAGAAAUGUUGUCCGAUACAAGCUCAUUGUGACGACUGGAAAUCUUGGUCAACCAUUAUCCAUAGCUCAUACCUCAGCGAUGUAAGCGUUCAAUUUAUUGCUUACAUGUGUAUAACGGUUGUUUUCGCAACAUUGGCUUGUCUAUUGACACUUACCACAAAAACUAUACUACCCAAUACUCUCCCGACUUUGGCCUCAGAUAUAAAUCUCACUUCGAACCCUCAACUGCGCUCAGUAAGUUACGUCGGUCCACUGGAUCCAACACUAGAUCAAACGGGUGCCCCGAUAGAGGCAAUGCCAUACUAUGCGGCAGCUGGGAGUGGAAUUGUUGAAGUGCGUGUGAGACUAAGUGGCUUCAUUUUCCACGGACUACUUGGAUUCAAGACACUAGUUGUGAAGACAUUAGCCCUCAUAUUGAGCGUUUCCUCCGGUCUCAGCCUUGGUAAGGAAGGACCAUUUGUCCAUAUCGCUGCUUGCGUCGGGAAUAUUGUUUGUGGAACGUUUUCCAAGUACGAUAAUGAUCGAAAGCGAAGAGAGUUUCUAGGGGCCAUCGCCAGUGUUGGUGUUGCGGUGACCUUCGGUGCCCCGAUGAGUGGAAUACUUUUUGGACUUGAAGAAAUUGCUCAUUUCCUUCCGACCGAAACCCUAUUUAGGACUUUUUUCUGCUGUAUAUCGUCCGCCUUGACUUUGAAAUUUCUCGAUCAAUAUGGAGCGCAGAGAAUUGCCAUGUUUGAAGUACGAUACUACUAUGGAUGGGAGAUUUUUGAGCUUUUUCCAUUUAUAGUUAUCGGCAUUUUGGGUGGAGCGACUGGAGCCAUUUUCACCAAAUCCUUUCGUGUAUGGAAUUCCUCAGUUAGACCAUCUUUCUUGCGAAAACCUCUUCUGGAGGUUUUUCUAGUCGCUAGUGUUACAGGCUUGGUCAGCUUCUGGAACCCAUUUACCAAGCUUCCAGUCAGUAAGCUACUUUACCACCUGGCUAGUCCCUGUGACAAUACUCUGCCAGAUGAUUUGGGCAUCUGUCCCCAAACCAUAAAUGGAUUAAAGUCGAUCAUUCCCGUCUUGGCUAUUGCAUUUUUGGUCAAGGGACUACUUACAGUCAUUACCUUUAGCAUCAAAGUUCCUUUGGGUAUUUACAUCCCAUCAAUGGCCAUUGGCAGCCUCGAGGGAAGAAUAAUUGGCCAUGCGAUGCAAUUAGUUGUGUUGAGAUUCCCAGAUUCGCCCAUCUUCAAAACUUGUGCUGCAAACGUGGGCGGUCUCACUUGUAUCAUACCAGGAGCAUAUGCUUUUGUUGCCGCUGGAACCACACUGUGUGGUGUGACGAGACUAUCUGUGACACUAACUGUCAUCUUACUUGAACUAAGUGGAUCCCUUGAGCAUGUACUACCAAUCUCUUUCGCCAUUAUAGUUGCAAAAUGGACGGCAGAUGCAAUAGAACCCCUGAGUAUUUAUGUAUCGGACUUAAGUAAGGUACUUGACAGGCUCAAUGAUGAGUCACAAGGCUUCUGUCUCAUGACGAACAUCCCGACUAAUGAGCUCGAGAUGGGCCUUGGCUUUAGCCCAGCUAACUUGGCUGCCUACGUUGACCCGGCACCGCUUACAGUCGAUAUACGCUCCCCCACAAACCUAGUGCACGAAUGUUUUAUGAAAUUAGGCCCUAGAUACAUUUGUUUUUCACGGGAAGGUGAUUUUGCGGGUAUGAUUCAUCGUACCACAUUCGUCACUCAAAUACGAAAAUUAGGGAAAAAAAAACAGCAGUAA